CCAGCUGUAACCGUAACCCCCACGUCAAACUUGGCCACAAGUCCACUCGAUUUUUUCCCCAGUACGACUCUAGCUUUUACACAUCACCACUCAGCAUCACCCUACGUUUUGGUGUAUUUAUUCCUUGCAACGCUCGUCUUCACGGUUUUGCUGAUCGUGAAUGAUUGAGCAUCUCCCGGUAUCUGCUUCUUCUGCUGCCGUCUACCAAAUCCAAGUCCGAACUGCGCCUCAACCUCGUUUGUCGAGACCCUCCCCCGCCAUGGCUCCCCCCAAAGCUGCCCUCGACUUUGUCGACUUUGUCAAUGCUUCUCCUACUCCAUACCACGCCGUUGAUAGCGCCAGAGCCCGCUUAGAGAAGGCCGGCUUCCAACUUAUCCGCGAACGCGAGUCCUGGACUUCUACUCUUAAGCCCGGCGGCAAAUACUACCUCACCCGCAACGCCUCUGCUCUUGUAGCUUUCACCAUUGGCCACAAAUGGCGUCCUGGUAACUCUGUCGCCAUUGUUGGCGCCCACACCGACUCUCCCUGCCUGCGCAUCAAGCCCGUUUCCAAGAGAAGCGCUUAUGGCUAUAACCAGGUUGGUGUUGAAGCUUAUGGCGGUGGCAUUUGGACUUCGUGGUUUGAUCGUGAUCUGAGUGUUGCUGGCCGUGUCCUUGUCCAAGAAAACGGCAACAUUGUCCAGAAGCUGGUUAAGAUCGAAAAGCCGAUCCUCCGCAUCCCCACUCUGGCUAUUCACCUCCACCGCCAGAGCAGCUUCGACCCUAACAAGGAGACUGAACUCUUCCCUAUUCUUGACUUGGCCAAUGCUGAGCUCAACAAAUCUGCUGAGGAAAGCUCUGAGGAGGGCGAGUUCAAGCCUCUUGGUGCCAUUAGCAGCCGCCACCACCCCGCGCUUCUCAACGUAAUUGCUGAGGACAUUGGUACUGAUGUGGCAUCUAUUGUCGACUUUGAGCUUCUCCUCUACGAUACCCAGAAGUCUGCUGUUGGCGGCCUCAACGACGAGUACAUCUUUUCCCCACGCCUCGACAACCUCGAAAUGACCUACUGCUCCAUCAUGGGUCUCAUCCACUCUACUACUGACGCUUCCGCCCUCGAUAACGAUUCUACUAUCCGCAUGACUGUCUGCUUCGACCAUGAGGAGGUCGGCUCGGAGACUGCCCAUGGUGCGCGCUCCAACUUGAUUCCUGCCAUCAUCCGCCGUGUUUGUGUCAUUCCCGGUAGCCCUGGAAGUGACGCCAGCUACGAUCACGUAACGGACGACUCGACCGCCUACGAGCAGACACUUUCGCGAUCUUUCCUUGUAUCGGCCGACAUGGCCCAUGCGAUUCACCCCAACUAUGCUGGAAAGCAUGAAGAGGCUCACCGUCCUUCCAUGAACAAGGGUGUCGUCAUCAAGAUCAACGCCAACAACAAGUAUGCCACCAACUCCCCCGGCAUUGUUCUCAUCCAGGAGUGUGCUCGUGCCGCCAAGGUUCCUCUUCAGAUGUUCGUCGUACGCAACGACUCUCUCUGCGGCAGCACCAUUGGUCCCGCCUUGGCUGCUAAGCUCGGCAUGCGAACCAUUGACAUUGGUAACCCUCAAUUGUCCAUGCACAGCAUCCGUGAAACCGGUGGUAGUGCCGAUGUUGAGUCUGCCAUCAAGCUGUUUGACUCCUUCUACAAGCUCUUUGGCGUUCUUGAGCCCAAGAUCUUGAUUGAUUAGCUAGAUGGACCGACGCCUUUGGCCAUGGCCAAAAUGUGAUGAUGACAUGACGUUGAUGAGUAUGGGGAGGUAGGCGAAACAGCCAUGGCACCACGUUGGAUAGAUGAUGGCAUCGGCCUCGAGGCUUACAAUAGUCCGUGGCCAGGCCGGUGGUGUAUGUACUGUAGCGAGAAUACAUAUUGAUAGCUAGCAUAUGGCGAAUAUAACGAAGAUUUAUACUUGUCACGCGUUAGUCCAUGAUAUUGAUUAAUAGUAGAGAUUCAUAUAUGCAAGAGAAUGCGUAUCUCAUUGCAGCUCCAAAAACACACAGAGAGAGAAUACCAGAAAUUUCAAAGCAAGUAUAACCACCGAGCAUAAAGCCAGACAACCUAACUAACGCCUCUUUCCCCAAAACCAGAACAUAACGAGAAAAUGUCGAGAACAAAAUAUGAACCUUCCCGUAGAAAACCAAACCUGAAACCCUGUAUCAUCUAUGGCACAAAGAAAACCAGAUCUUAUAGUAGGGAAUCGCGUUUAAAUGCCAAGCAGAACGAACAAGUUUGCACAAGGACAACCGCAGCCGAGUGGGUAUAAUACAAAACAAUGGCGGACUCUUUGGGUAUCAAUCCAAUCCAAAUUCGACACAUGCGGGAAAACAAAGUCCGAUGGCUAUGAAUUUGUCGUUGUCGACAUGAGAUGUUAGACAGCACAAGCCACCUUUGUCUUGACAAUGGCAGGUAGAGAGUCGUUGGCUUGUGAUGAGGCUGGUUCGGAGGGCGUGGCAGCAACGAUAUCCUCAUCGUCAGCCUGUUCAUGGUCAUCUGAUUGUGAAGAUCCCACAACAGAUGUAUCUUCACCCUGGCUCAAAAGCGGCGACGUCACGCUUCCAGGGCCACGGGGCGGAAGUGGUUUAGCCUGCAAGUUGGCCAAGGGAACCGAGGUCUGACCGGUACGGAGUUUAUAACUGGCUAGGCCAAGUCGAAGUCGGAGGAUUUCGGCUCGCUGGUGAAGAAGAAGAAGGAAAAAGUUAGCACAUGUAUAGAUCGUUCCGAGUGGGGAGAUGUUUACCUCUCUCGCCUGUUCGCGUGUAAGUACGCUCGCGCGCGGUACGGACAGCGUCACGGGCAUGGCUGCGCCAACAUCUGCAGGCUCGGUGGCCACCGUGCCCCAAGACGAGUCCUCGCCACUGCCUUCAGAGGCAUUGUCGAAGACGGAGCUGACGUCGGGCGAGUUUGUUCUUGAGCGGGCCGAGGCGGUCGUGGAGUCGGCGAGACACGUCUUCUUGGGCGCGGGGCUGGCACCCAGGGAGACGCGCUUCUUGCUCGUCGGGGAGCUGGCAGAGAGCGUCCUGUGCUUGGUGGACGUCGGGGAGCUGGCGGAAUGAGGCAUCGCGUUUGCGUCGAGAGAAGCCAGAGCGGCGCGUCUCUUGAGUGGCGAGACGGAGGAGCGGUCCAUGGAAGAGGAAGAGCAGUAACGUAGAAGGAUGUAGGGACUAGGAAUUGCCACGGGGAGCAAAGCGUAGUCCGAACGGGAAAUUGUAGAGAGAGAGAGAUUGAUUAUUGGAGGAAGAGGGAGGAAGAUAUGGGAGAAGGAAGAAUGAGUGCGAGGGUAUCGCGGGGUGCAACGCUGGUGUAUGUAGGUAGACACAAGAAAUGCAAUACAAGGAAGCAAGCAGAUGGGCACACUUGUAGAAAGAAAACGCCGUUCGUACAAAGACGGGUUCAGAAAUGCAAAUUGCAAAAAAAGAUGAGAGAGAGAAGAAAGUCAAGAACCGGGGCUGGCACACAAAGCAAUUUAGCACAAAACACGGUCAUGGCCCGCGGUACUGCAGUCAUGAG